AUGGACUUCGACUUUCCCUCCUUGAUUGUCGACUCAAACUCGUCGUACACCAAAGCAGGCCUGUCAACCUUUGAUAUUCCAUCAGUGGUGAUGCCCACGGUGUACUCGCGAGAAUCUGUCGAUCAGGGCGACUACGUCUUUGGAGACGACAUAGAACUGUAUCCGCAGAAUAAUAUCUACACAAUGUACAGUGAGGGCAUAGUCUACAACUGGGACGCCAUGUCGCAACACUGGGCGCAAUUGUACUCCGAUCUGAAGCUCAAGUCGAACGAGAUUCCGCUGGUGGUGACCGAAAACGCUUGGAACACCAAGAAAAAUAAAGUCAAAGCAUGUCAGGUCGCUUUUGAAGAACUCGAAGUGCCCAUCUUUUCCCUGCUCAAAAGACAGCUCUGCACCGCGUUUGCCGUCUCAAAGCCUUCCUCUUCCAUUGUCGUGGACAUCGAUGACGAUAUCGUCAGUGUCACUCCCAUCAGUAAUGGAUCUGUGCUUACCAAAGGCAUCCAGUUCACCAAAUUUGGUGGCGACUUCCUAAGUCCAUUUGCUUUGGACUUUAUCCAGUCCAAAUUCCCGAAUGAGCCAGUCGACUCAUUCCUUAUUCCCAAACCAUUUCAAUCGGCGCCAAUGAGUGACUCCUUCAGGACAUACCAGAUAUCGACCUCUCUAGCCGAGUUUAAAAAUGUGCUCCUGCACGCUUCGUUGUACCCUGUGUCGCCUGACCAGCAAGAUCUCCCUCCACAGACCAAUUACCCGCAAUAUGAGUCUCACUCCCAAAUCGAAUUCAGAAACUACGAGCUCCCAAAUAGACGUCUGAUUAAAGACAUAGGCAUCGAACAGUACAAGUUGGCUGAGCCAUUGUUCAACCCUGCCGAAUACUCGAAGAAAUUGCCUCAUCUCAAGGUCGCGCAGGAUGCAGAAGGCAUCUCCAGCUUGAUCCUGAAAUCCAUGAAAAGCCUGGAAGCUCCCGCUACUCUGUACAUGGAGCUGCUGAAAAAUAUCGUCUUCACCGGCUCGCUUUCGGGAAUUCCAAACCUCGAACACAGAAUUGCCCAAGACCUGGCUAGACUGAUUUCAGACUACACCAUCAUUACCUACCUUUCUCCUGACACCGUUGAAAGACAGUUCGAUUCCUGGGUUGGAGCCAACGUGCUGACAAGCUCUUCCGUGGGUGAUUUCGACAACCUGUUCAUCAGCAGGGAAGAAUACCAGGAAAAUGGAGAGGACUAUAUAGUAGAGAAAUUUAAAUAG